UAAGAAACACACCCAGGUCUGCUGUAUAUGGAAGCAAGGUCAGCUGUUGCUGGUUAGUACAUAUCCAGUAUGCACAGCAAAUGCAGAGCAGUUUUGAAACAUCUCCAUCUUUUUUGGACUCAAAAGAAAUGAUUCUGAUAACUAGUUCUCUGAGUAAACUAAAUGGGGUGAUACACACUUGGAUGUAGUACAGCAAGACAAAGGAGCAGUUCUGUCUAAAGCAACACAAAUUACCGGCAAACUCUACUGGCCCGAGGAGAAGAUAUACAAAGAAAAAAUAUCUUUAGAUUCUUACUCUUUUUCAAAAUAAGAAAUCAUCACAAGUGUGCUUGAAAAUGAAGACAUUCACACAGACUUUGAGUUUAUUGUUACUACUAUUACUAUCAAAUGAAUAUUACACAAAACAUUCUAACUUCCAUAAAAACUCUGUUAGACGACACUCGCGUUCAACAGAAGGGGCAGAAGAAGGGAAAAAGUGUGCCUACACCUUUAUUGUCCCUGAACAAAAAAUAACUGGUCCAAUUUGUGUCAACACUAAAGGCCCAGAGAACAAAAAAGAGGAAAUUACUAGGAUGGACAUUGAGAAUCUGAAGGAUGUAUUAUCCAAACAAAAGAGAGAGAUUGAUCUCUUGCAACUAGUUGUGGAUGUGGAUGGGAAUAUAGUAAAUGAAGUAAAACUGCUACGAAAGGAGAGUCGUAAUAUGAAUUCAAGGGUUACUCAGCUAUAUAUGCAGCUUCUACAUGAGAUAAUCCGCAAGCGGGACAACUCAUUAGAGCUUUCCCAGAUGGAAAACAAAGUUCUCAAUGUCACAACUGAGAUGCUGAAGAUGGCGUCAAGGUAUAAAGAGCUUGAAGUAAAAUAUGCAGCAUUAACUGAUCUUGUUAAUAAUCAGUCUGUCAUCAUCUCAUUGUUGGAAGAACAAUGUUUACAGAUAUUUUCACGGCAAGACACCCAUAGUUCUCCACCAUUAGUUCCAGUGGUACCUCAUCACAUUCCUAACAGUCAACACUACACUCCAGGACUCCUCGGAAGUAAUGAAAUUCAGAGAGAUCCAGGCUAUGCUAGGGACAGAGAAGUAAGGCAACCUCCUGACUCAGCUACUUCUCCCACAAAAUUACCUUUCAGGAUCCCACCAUUAACUUUAAUCAAUGAAGGGCCAUUCAAAGACUGCCAACAAGCCAAACAAGCUGGCUAUUCUAGCAGUGGUAUUUAUCUGAUCAAGCCUGAAAGCAGUCAUGGACCAAUACAGCUAUGGUGUGAGAACAGCCUUGAUCCAGGGGGAUGGACAGUUAUACAAAAAAGAACAGAUGGUUCUGUAAACUUCUUCACUAACUGGGACAACUACAAGAAAGGAUUUGGAAAUGUUGCUGGAGAGUACUGGCUGGGUCUGGAAAAUAUUCACUUGCUUUCUAAUCAGGACAAUUAUAGACUUCUAAUUGAACUAGAAGACUGGAGUAAUAAGAAAGUUUAUGCAGAAUAUAGCAGUUUCCGACUGGAGCCAGAAAAUGAAUUUUAUCGAUUGCGUUUAGGCACUUACCAAGGGAAUGCUGGUGAUUCCAUGAUAUGGCAUAAUGGGAAGCAAUUUACAACACUAGACCGAGACAGAGAUAUGUACACAGGAAACUGUGCCCAUUUUCACAAAGGCGGCUGGUGGUACAAUGCCUGUGCUCAUUCUAACCUAAACGGAGUAUGGUACAGAGGAGGACAUUACAGAAGCAAGCACCAAGAUGGGAUUUUUUGGGCUGAAUAUAGAGGUGGAUCCUACUCAUUAAAAGCAGUUCAAAUGAUGGUCAGACCAAUUGACUGAGGCACUUUAGUAAACAAAAUAAUGUCUUUGAAUUUUUAUAGCAUUACAUUUCAAGUUGUUUUACAGAGCCUCUUUACAGAAAGCAAGCUUGAUAAGUAUGCUUUUCAACACUUCUUUCUGCAGCAUUGGAUAUCUUAAUUAUACAGUUACUAAUUUUCAGUGCUGCAUUAAAAAUAAAACUUUUCUGAUGCAAAUCAUAUGGUCAUUGAUCACAGUAAUUAAACCUAUCAAAUCUGGCAGACGAUAUAAUAAAUUAUGAUGGAGGCCUGGUUGUAUUUUAGUAUGAGAUACUGUUGCUCAAAUAGGCAUUUUAUUUUUAUUUUUGGUAGAUUUAAAACUAUUUAAGACUUUACUUCAGAAAAGUCUUCCAGUGAAAUAUUAUUUUGGGAUGUGGUCAAUGAGCCACAGAACAGACAAAGAAAUGGAGAAAGAUCUGGAAGUUGAAU